GGCGUGGCGUGGACCGAUCGAGUCACCAUCAAUUUGACUCCACUUAACUUCAGAAGCCUGGAGUUGAUCUCCCUCUCUAGCUAACUUUACCUGCAAGCUUUCAUGUCGUUGCCUAGUGCUCUGCGUGCACGGGGUGCACAAAAAUCUGCAGCGAAUGCCUGCUUCAUUCGCUCAAGGUCGACCGUCUCUUCAAACUCGAUCGUAGAUGCCAAAGCCAGAGUGAGAGACCAUGCCAGACAAAUCAGCAGAUCCUCCGUGCGAGGUGCUAUCCCCGCUGCCGCUGCUCGACCCGAGCCGGCACCAGGUUUUCAACAGUUGCCACCUAGCAGCGGGGCCUUGCCGUUGCUGGAAUCUCAAAUACACGCAGCUCUUGACCACUCGUUCGUAGGGAUGUCAGGCGGCGAGAUCUUUCACGAAAUGAUGCUUCGACAUGGAGUGAAGCACAUCUUCGGGUACCCAGGGGGUGCUAUUCUCCCUGUGUUCGAUGCUAUCUACAACUCUAAGCAUUUUGACUUCAUAUUACCACGCCACGAACAAGGUGCCGGUCAUAUGGCCGAAGGGUACGCACGUGUAUCCGGAAAGCCCGGUGUCGUCCUCGUCACGAUGCCUUGUCUGACUGGUGUCCCCCUCGUUGUCUUUUGUGGUCAGGUCGCCACGUCAGCCAUCGGUUCUGACGCUUUUCAAGAAGCUGAUGUCGUCGGCAUUUCGCGGAGUUGCACAAAAUGGAACGUUAUGGUCAAGGACAUCACGGAGCUACCCAGACGCAUAAAUGAAGCAUUCAAAAUCGUCAUGUCAGGACGCCCGGGUCCUGUUCUUGUAGAUCUACCAAAAGAUGUCACAGCGGGUAUCCUGCGCACUCCGCUGCCAUACAAGGCGACAACCCCUGGCCUUCAUACCCUUCCUUCUAAUCCAUUGCAGGCUGUGACCUCGCCCACCGAUAUGGUCCUUAUCCAGCAAGCCGCCAGUCUGAUCAAUCAGUCACAGCGGCCCAUUAUCUACGCCGGCAACGGUGUCCUCUCGUCGCCUUUUGGUCCCAAGCUGCUGGCUCAACUGGCAGAGCAGGGUAAUAUCCCGGUGACGACGACAUUGCAAGGUCUAGGUGCAUUCGACGAGACCAACGAAAGGAGCUUGCAUAUGCUCGGUAUGCAUGGCUCAGCGUAUGCGAACCUUGCUAUGCAAAGCGCAGACUUGAUCAUUGCAUUGGGUGCACGGUUCGACGACCGUGUUACAGGAAAGAUCGAUACUUUUGCCCCUGCCGCUCGUGCAGCAGCAGCUCAAGGACGAGGAGGCAUAAUCCAUUUCGAGAUUCAGCCCAAAAAUAUCAACAAGGUCGUCGAAGCGUCUAUUCCUAUCCUUGGUGACGUCGUAUCGAAUAUGUCUGCCCUUGUGCCCUUGAUUCGGUCAUCGCCCCGUACGGACUGGUUCACAGAUAUCAAACAGUGGAAGGAGAAGUAUCCCUUUACGUACGUGAACUCUGCAUCAGGAUCCGAUGGUCGGAUGAAGCCACAGGCUGUCAUCGAGGAGUUGGAUAAACAGACGGCCCACAGGAAGGAGGAGGUCGUCGUGUCCACUGGUGUUGGCCAACAUCAAAUGUGGGCUGCGCAACAUUUUCGGUGGAAAACUCCACGUUCAAUGGUCACUUCUGGAGGUCUCGGUCCGCCCCGAACAAGACUUGUGGUUGAUAUUGAUGGAGAUGCUUCAUUCAGUAUGACGGCAAUGGAGCUUGCGACGGCCUCGCAGUUUGAUAUUGGAGUUAAGGUUCUUGUGUUGAAUAAUGAAUUCCAAGGAAUGGUACUGCAAUGGCAGGACCUGUUCUAUGACGCUCGGUACUCCCACACAAGAAUGACAAAUCCUGAUUUUGUCCUCCUUGCCAAGGCGAUGGGUGUACAUGCUAUUCGGUGCAGCAGCACGGAGGAGCUCCCAGAGAAGAUGAAGGAAUUCCUGGAGUAUGACGGGUCGAAACCUGUCCUCAUGGAGUGUAUUGUUGAGAGGAACGAGCACGUGUAUCCCAUGGUACCAGCAGGCAAAGCUCUGCACGAACUGGUCCUCCACCCUUCACUGAGACCAAAAGCUCAGUGAAGGUGUGAAUUUGACAUGGGUAUCUACCUCUCAACCGCAACCAAAUGAACAAAAAGAAACCACUUCCUUUCCAUACCAUUUAUCUUUCGCGCUUUUUAACCGUUUUUCGCUGCGUAGUACUACCGAGGAUACACGCUACGUUGCCAGGGAGUCUCACAUUGCUUGACCCAAAAUGAGGCAGUUUCGCCUCUCGGAUUUCAUAGUUUGUACUAUAUCCGCGCUUUCCAACAAUUUUCGAUACAUGCUGGCAAAUUCUGGGCGUUUGGAGUGCUGAAGUCGAAGUAACAACUGCAAUGGGCCAAUUGUCUCGGCCCGUUGUCACAUACUACCAUUGGAUGGCAGAUGCAAAACUUCUGCGAAAUAUUGACUUCACAACAAUUCAACAUUCAAAUCUCGAAUUUUUUUUACUUGGUAGAAUGAGAUCUAAGCUACAUCCGUGUUGAGUUUUACAAUAAGUGACGAAUUGAGUGCGGCGGAG